AUGGCACUAUUUGGUAGAAAAGAUGGCAAAUCCGUGUUUGGUAGCCGAAAGGACGCUGAACCCAAGAAACCGGAGCGGCAUGAGUUAGCUGACAUUCCGCUUGAUAGCAUGAUUGAACUCUCCGACAUCAUCACUUAUGAGGAGACAGGAGAUACUUCGCACGCCUUCAAACUGGUCAUACGAAAGAAGUAUGAAAGUGACAGUCUCCGUCGCUAUAUGUAUCACAUCCGUGAUGCAGAGGAAGAGGUCGUUAUCGGUGUCGAUCAUGUUGCUGGCACUAAGGACGACUACGAGAUUUCCCGAUGGAUUGUUGACGACGAAUGUGAACUUGGCGAUCCGUUGCCGGAUGUGAUGACCCUCUAUUUUCCAAACCCAGACAGUGAGGGUGAGGACAUCGCUGUCGAAUAUAACCGACAGGACGUUGUCCCCGCAACACUCACCUUGGCUAAUGCCGAAGGGGAAGAGAAGUUCGACGUUGAACUCCACGAGUAUGCCAGUGAUAACGACGAGUACAUGUCUAUUGAACUCUGCGGCGACUGGUUGACUUUCUACGUCGGUGGACUCAUCACGCAAUCGGAUAUAGAAAUCUAUCCGGCGAUGGAAGCACCAUCUGAACGCAAGUAA